AUGGCUUCAGACGAAGGUGCCAGUGCUGGCAAAGCUCUAGAAGAUCGCAUUACCAAGCCUGAAUCAACCCCGUCAGGCAACGCAAACACUGAUGGCGCAUCUCAAGCCCUCGGUGGCGGCGAUCUUCAAGACACAGAACAGGAUGUCCAAGUCAAGCUGAGCGAUUUACAAGCCGACCCUGACAACCCGCUUUUUUCGAUCAAAUCGUUCGAGGACCUGGGCUUGUCUCAGGAAAUCUUGCAGGGUCUCUAUGCGUUGAAGUUCAUAAAGCCAUCGAAAAUCCAAGAGCGUGCCCUCCCCCUUCUCAUGAAUAACCCACCCACCAACAUGAUCGGCCAGUCUCAGUCUGGAACGGGAAAAACAGCCGCCUUUACACUCAACAUUUUGAACCGUCUGGAACUCGACACCGAAGAGAAACGCAGGACGCCGCAGGCUCUGAUCUUAGCCCCAAGUCGCGAGCUGGCUCGUCAAAUCGGAGGUGUCGUGACGGAAAUGGGUCGGUUUAUGGAAGGCGUGUCAGUGGGAAUGGCUGUGCCGAAAGAGGGCGCAAGGCCUUCGCGGAUAGACCACAAUGUCGUUUGCGGAACCCCUGGGACCGUGAUGGAUCUCGUCAAGCGCCGGAUUUUGAUCACAAACAAACUAAAGGUUCUCGUUUUGGAUGAAGCCGACAACAUGCUGGACCAGCAAGGCUUGGGAGACCAGUGUAUCCGUGUUAAAGCACUCCUUCCCAAAACCAUUCAAGUUGUGCUUUUCUCUGCCACAUUCGAUGACAGCAUUCGCCUCUAUGCGGCGAAAUUCGCGCCCAAUGCCAACGAGAUCUCGCUGAAGCAAGAGGAACUUACUGUCGAGGGUAUCAAACAGUUUUACCUUGAUUGCACUGAUGACGAAGACAAGUACCGAGUGCUUGUCAAAUUAUACGGUGUUAUGACGACGUCGUCUUCGAUCAUUUUCGUCCAGACUCGCCAGACUGCAUCGGAGAUAGAGAAGCGCAUGACUACAGAAGGCCAUACUGUCGCAUCGUUGACUGGUGGCGUGGAAGGUAGUGUGCGUGACAAAAUCAUCGAUGACUUCCGUGAGGGACGAGCCAAGGUCCUUAUUACUACCAACGUUCUUGCCCGUGGUAUCGACGUGUCGACGGUCUCGAUGGUCAUCAACUACGACGUUCCUCAACACUACUCACCCAGAGGUCCACCGUCAGGUGAUCCCCAAACAUACCUGCACCGUAUCGGUCGAACCGGUCGGUUCGGCCGUGUCGGCGUUGCCAUUUCUUUCGUGUCCAACAAGGACGAAUGGCAAAUGUUGAUGGGGAUUCAGAAAUACUUCAACACAAUUAUCGAUCUCAUGCCUACCAGUGACUGGGACGAGACCGAGAAGAUUCUCAAGAAAGUCAUCAAGAACCCACGGGCUCGCAGCGAUUUUAAAUAG